UUCACACCAUCAGCGCGCGAGAGGAACGAUGUUUUCAAAAUAACAGAAAUGGAGAGCUAUUUGCCACGACCUUCCUCAACAGAUCCCCAGGUUUAUGUUGAUCAUGAAAAUACUAUACAGGGGAGCUAUUUGCCAUACCCUUUCUUGGCAGAUCCCCAGGUUUAUGUGCCUGGUGGUGGUAUUGGGACACGUUCAUUCCUUACUAGUACUCCCUCAUACAAUCACCAUGGUAAUCAUCAUGACAACCAAGAACAUUGCUUCCGAUCUGCCAUACCACAAUAUCACUUCCAGAGUUCUUCUACACGGACCCCUGACAGACUUCAGAGCCAGUCUUGCAGGCCAAAACUAAUUCAGAACUUUGAGUUUAGACCAAAUACUCAAAAUUCCUUCAGUUCUCAUCAAGGCUGGAGAGAUUCAUUGCCUCAUUGGUCUAAGAUUUCUACUAGGAACUGCAGUGUGGACCUAUGUCCAGAUAGCUUUUGUAAUAACCUUCCUCCACAGAAAAAUUCUUAUAGGAAUGGCUUUUGUAUCAGCUCCUCUAUGCGAAGAUCAGUUCCAGGAAUGAUGCAUGUGGUAGAUGAGGAUAGAGUGAUCUCCACAUCAGAUGAAGAGAGUACUGGGGAUGUAUCAGAAACCUAUCCCGUGUCUGUAAACGUACAUGUAGGUAGUUUGACAGGCAAGGAGAUGGCAUCUGUACUGGAGGCAAAGAAUAUUUACUCUUGGAUCAUCAAAGUUUUACCAGAUGAUUCAGGACCAUGUGUGGAGGGAAAACUUGAGGAAGGAGAUGACACCUACUGGCAUUCCAGUCUGAUCUCGGAGAGGCUUGAGUCACACUUGGUGCAGACUGUCAGUGGGAAAGUCUACCGUCUGAUGGGAGACAUGGAAAUAAAUGAUGCCCUAACUGGAGGAUUUGAUGAGCAGACUGUGAGUGAGUUCAUCGAUGGAUUUCCCAUUCACUGGAGGGAACUAAUUGAUCAGUUCUUCUCAAGAAGUCACACUAAGCUAUCUGGGAAUACUAUCUCCAAAAAAUUGUCAAGGAAUGAUGUCGCCAGUGAUUCAUCAGAUGAAGACAUUGAGGAGAUAAGCUUGUUAGAUGAGACUGUGAAACCUACAAAAGACCAACUAAACCAUGAGAAUGCACAACAGAAUUCUGAAAAAAGAAGAAAAUCAAAGAAAGUAGUGGGAGUCAAAGAAAAUCUCAAACCAAGGAAUGUGGGGCAUUUAAAGAAGAAUAAACAAGGAAGAGGGUUCCAGUCACCAGGUUCCAGUGGAAAUGUCAUUGAGGUGUGUACACCUGAAAAUAAGCUGAUAAAACUUGACUCGGUGCAGAAAACCAGAAGUGGACGAGCUGUCAAACCUGUAGUUGCCUGGUAUGCCGGUCAGUCAAUCAGCAUUGAUCCGAAGAGCAACACAUAUAUCCUAAAACACAGGACUGAGUUUGCUGAAACAUUUCUAAAGGACAUGACAACAUUUCAUAAGACAAGAUCACACAUGAUACGAAAAACAGGGAUGUUAAAUUCCAGCAAAAUUUCUAAUACCUCAAGACCCCACCACAAAAAUAAAAUGUCCAAUGGAAAUCAAGGAAACAUCAGCCACAGGAAGACAUCCAAGUCAGUCACUCAGUCCAGAAAAAUUGUCAGCAAGGUGUUAGAAAGUUCUCAGACAGAGAGAGAGUAUGUGGCACCCACCAUCAGUGAACAGAGACCUAGGAAAGACAGAAAUGUGUCGGACUCUUCCAAGGCAAAAAGUAGUCCGUCUGCUGGAGAGAGGAAAGUUAACAAACCUAGGACUUCUAAUGAGAACAAGAAAGGCAUCAGACGUUCAUAUAAUGAAAAUCCAGGACAACCCGAGGUCAGUAGAAGAAAUGUCCCAAGGUCUUGUAAUUUGAGGAAAAGGUCAGAGAGAAUAGAGAGCAAAAAGUCUGAAUCAUCAAUAUGCAACUCAAAGGAAUCGCAGAGUUCAAACAUGAUUAGUCACAAAAGCAGACUUGGGAAACAAACCGAGAAAGAAAACCAGGAACAUGCAGUGUGGAGGAAGGCGGAGGUCACAAGGUUCAACAUAGAAUCAAAGAGGAGCUUUUUUUUUCAUGUACAAGGGAUAACGCGUAAACUACAUCAAGAUGACCCAGAAUUUUGGAACAAAGUUGUGAAAUAUGUGAAGACAAAGACUUUGGAAGACUGUCAGGAAUAUUUCUAUAAAGAGGUGCAAGUCAAAAACCCCAGCAAACCUGCCAAGUCCAAAGAUACUGAGGAACAGCAGAUUAUCCUUACAGCGAAACGGGGGACUCUCAAAAGGAAACAACAGAUACGCAACUUGGUGGAUCAUGCUAACAAAGCAUAUCAGGAGGACCUGUUUGAUGGCACACCAUAUCGACAUCAUUCUAAAAUGCCACGCCUAUCUGAUGGGGAACAGGAGGAUGUCUUUGCUGAGCUGAGCAGAAGGAAUCCUCACAUGAAGAACAAAAUCUUUACACCAAUGACCAGGAUAAAUGUGGCCCCGGUAUCCACCAAGAAAACUCCUUCCUCAGGACUGGUCGGCUCAGACACUAAAAUUAACAGAAAAGAGGCUGAUCAUUACAUGCAUAAGAUGAAAAUCCAUCGUCGAAAACUAGUGAACAAAAGCCAGUCUAAAACAUCCAAAGAUGGAGUAAAAGAGAAAAUUCCUGUUCCAAGUAAAAAACUGUUUGGGAGGAGUGAUGAUCUCCAGAAUUUAUUCAUGGAGGGUUGUGGCUCAGACAAUAACCAUGACGACUCAGAAGAGGAAAUAGAUUAUUACUUCUCUGGGGAAGAGGAAAGCUGAGGAGCCUAGUUGGAGGGUUAUGGCAACAAUGAUGAAUGUUGUCAAAUUUCUGUACACCAGGCAGAACUAAUAACAUUGUGACUUAGUUUAAAAAAUUGUGAAGAUGUCGAUUUUAGUGUAGAGCACAACAAUGAAGUAAUGUCUUGUGUAGCAUUGUUUGCACUAAAUGUAAUCUUCAACUUAAUGGACUAGCGGUAUGAAGUGGAAUGACCAUGGAUUAUUUCCAUUUUAGUGAGUGGUUAUUGUCAGUUUUUAAGUGGUGAAUAUGAAGUGGGGAGACAUAUUCUGUUAUGACAAACAUGUAAUGGUGGAAUGUCACUAUAAACAACAACAGGAAGUAUUCACUUUCUCUAGGACAGUGUUACACACCAAGGGAAGAUUUUUAUGCACAGGAUGUUCUUUGUUCAUAUUCAAUGUGUAUUUUUUAUUCUGAUGAGUAAGUACAGCAUGUUUAGAAAUCUAGGUAAUCUUGAUACAUUUUAAAGUUCUAAAAUUUUAGUGUUUUACUGGUGCAUUAGAUAUUUCUCCUGUUACAAGAAAUGAUACAUAUUUGUUCAUAUGUAAAUAAUGUUAUAAUGCACAUGUAUAUCUGUACAGCCAUAUAACUACAUUUAAUUUGUUAGUAUCUUCUUUCAUCAUAUCAUUUAAAAGUACUCAAUAUGGUAUGAUACUUGUACUUUAAGAAUGUUUGAAGCACAAAUCUUGUAUAUAUACAUAUUUAUUAGCAUUUUUAGGCUGACCAAAGUAAAUUCAAAGUUUUAGAUCAACUGAGCACAAAGGUUUUCAUGAAAGUAGGCCAAAGAAACAAAUAGUAUAGUGGAGACCAAUUAUUUUUUUUAUUUUAGUGUUCACAGUUAUGAAAAUGACUUAUGUGAUCAAUUGGUACAGAUGUAAUCAGUCUGUCUAGCUAGUUUCUUCUGUAGGAAUAUUGGUCUGUAGGGGUUCUUUAUAUCUUUUGUGUGCCUGGUACAUGGUAAUUUGGAGUUUUAUCCUGGUUUUUAGAAAUCCUGUUUAUCUUUUUUAAAAGCCAUCCCAUGUACCUAUAGAAAAUUUAAGAAUGUAAAACAUAGAAUUUAAUUUGUUCAGCCUUAUAUAAACAAUAUAAAGAAUGUUUAGUUGUUAUUUGAUCAUUUUAUGGAUCGAAUGUGUUUGGAGAUUCCCUAAACCUUCAAAUACUUGUAUCAUGUCAACAUUUACAUUUUCCUGUGUUUUCUCUACAAUCUUUCCAUUUCAAAUGAGAUGAUCUGGGACUUUUCUCCCCUGGCACACACAUUUAUCAGUUUGUCACAUGUCUCAACAAAGAAAUAUUGGUUGCAAUAUGAUCAUUUGCCAUUUAAACUAAUUAUUUCAAGCUCAAUAGAAUAUCACUUCAUACAGCUAUCAAAUAAACUAGAAACUCUCAAU